AUGCCUGGACAGGGCAAGGCGCAGCAACAUAAGGGGAGAGGAAGAGAACCACAGAGAAAGAAACAGAAAAAGGAAAAGUCGAAAGCCGAAGGAGGUGCGGAUGAAGUAGUAGAAUUGGACGUGAAGACCCUCCUAGAGAACAACAAACGGAAAUCAGAAGAAAAUGGCGAAAAGCAUACCGAUGCCGAAACAAGCGUAUCUGUUGUUCACGAAGGGAAAAAGGAUUCCCCAUUCCCAGAAACAGAAGUAACUGUUUCUGAGUUGUCAUCAACCGGAGAAGGUCUUGCGUUAUCGCCAAACGGUGACCAUGUUUACGUCGUACCAUUUGCGCUUCCCGGAGAGACAGCCCGGGUCAGAAUAUACAAGACGAUCAAACCCAAAUCAUAUAGCUUGACAGAUCUGGUGGAGGUUUUAAAGCCCUCCGAACAGCGUGAUGACUCCCUUAUAAAAUGCCAAUAUUUUGGCAAAUGCUCCGGAUGUCAGUUACAGAUGAUACCGUACCAGGACCAAUUGCAACAUAAGAAGCGGAUAAUAGAAAAGGCAUAUGCUAACUUCUCUGGGCUAUUACCGGAGCUUAUACCUGCUAUUGGAGAUACGAUGGGCUCCCCCAUGCAAUAUGGAUACAGAACCAAGUUAACUCCGCAUUUCACCCAGCCUGCUCGCAACCGGCGGCAAGAGCAUAGCAGUGAUGCUCCGGAGAUCCCCCCUAUUGGAUUCAUGAUGAAGGGACGCCGUAAGGUUAUGGAUAUUGAGGACUGUCCUCUUGGAACGGACAUUGUUAGAAGCGGUUUGAAAAAUGAGAGAAAGAGGGUCGCGGAAAACUUACAGCAAUACCCCUACGGUGGUACACUGUUGGUUAGGGAAAGUACGAAAAGGGUGGAGAGGAACAAGGAGAAUGAAGCUCUGCCUUCGACUGACAAAGUCAUACGGACGACAUUUCCAGAGUAUGUUGAGGAGAAGACGUACAUCACGGAUCAAAAUGGUAUAUCUGUUGAAUAUGUGGAGGAUUAUCAAUUCCACAAUAUUGCUGGAACAUUUUUCCAGAACAACAAUUCCAUUCUACCAUCGUUUACGGGCUAUGUUCGAGAUAACGCCUUGCAUCCUGAACCUAAACCAGAUGCUACUCCGGCAGAAUCGGCCGCGGCAGCCAAAUCCAACCCCAAACUAAAGUACCUACUGGACGCAUAUUGUGGCUCUGGGUUAUUCACCAUCGUCCUAUCGGGUACCUUUCGCUCAUCUCUGGGAAUCGACGUCGCUGCAUCCAGUAUAAAAUGCGCACGCGAAAACGCCAAACUGAGCAACGUGCCCAACACGGGUUUUGCAGCUGCAGAUGCUGCAGCGUUAUUCAAAGAUGUUCCAUAUCCGGCUGACCAGACAUUACUUGUCAUCGAUCCUCCACGAAAGGGGUGUGAUACCAAUUUCUUGAAUCAGUUACUUGCAUAUGGCCCGACGAGAGUAUUAUACGUUAGCUGCAAUGUUCAUACUCAAGCUCGGGAUGUUGGCGUUCUAGUUGAAGGAAAGAAUGGAAUCCGAUAUGAUAUUGAGAGUAUCCGUGGAUUUGAUUUCUUCCCGCAAACAAGCCAUGUUGAGAGCGUGGCUGUUUUAACCAAGGCUAUAGAAACUAAGGCAGAGUAA